AAAAGCUAUGGCGGACAAUACCGGCAGAGAGGGAGAAGAGGCCCUGUUCGAGAUCAUACACAGCCCUAACAGCCCAGAUGAUCUGAAUGAAGCAAAUGACGGCUCCCAAUAUCUGAACAAUACCGGGGAGGGUGAUGAUAAGAUAUUCGAUCUCGACGACCGAGCUGAUGAAGUCAUGAACUAUGAUUAUGAUUAUGAUGACGCAGACAAUGAUUAUGAUGACGAAUACAAUGUUGAUCUUGAAAUAACAAAGACUACCGGCGAGCCCUCCGGAUCGAGCAAAUCUGCUUCUACAGACAGCAGGACAAAGCGCGGCCCAGGCAAAAAGUUGAAGAAGGGUGUAAAGUACAACAUCGAUUCCAUCAAAGCUAGUGGCGAACCCCUCACGCCUAAGAACAUUGCGAACAAUUUCGUUCGUCAGUGCGGAGUUCUUGUGAAGGACCAACUCCCGAUCUCCAUUCAAGAAUGGAAAGAGCCAAAAACUAAACGCCUAGAUGUUACUUGGGUCGACGACAGAGGAAAACAAAAGCUUUGGGAAUCUCUGAUGGAACAUUUCACCCUACCAGAUUAUUUCACUGAUGCAGAUGUGCAGAAAGUCAAGGACGCUGCUCUUAAGAAGAUGGCAAUUGCAUUCAACACCCACAAGAAAACUGUAUGGGCCAACUACCUCGCUGCAGAAAGGAAGACUCCAGAAUUCAAGGGAACACUGGAGAAGCAAAGAGAACACUGGCCCGCUUUCGUGAAAUUCAAGGAAUCAGAAUUAUCUAAGGAACGGUCGAGAAAAAACAAGGCCAAUGCCGCAAAAAAGACGCAGUUCCAUAGGCUGGGUCUAGGUGGCUACGCGGUGGCAAUGCCUAAGUGGGAUAAGUCUGAGCAAGAGAUGGAGGAUGCAGGGGUCACUCCGGUUACUAGGAGCUGGCCCCCUAGGUGCAGAACUUGGUUCUAUGCGCAUGGGGGGGCGUUGGACCUGAAGACAGGCCUGGUUUCGAAGAAGGCAAGUCUAAAAGGAGCAGAACAAAAGUUACUUGACGCAAUAGAAGAUGCUCGAAAGGGGGUGUUCACGCCCAACAGAGAGAACGACGAGCUUACGCGCGCCCUGGGAAAUCCUGAACACCCGGGAAGAACAUGAGGCAAGGGUGUUAUUCCCUGGUAUGAGGGAUUUUCGGAAUGGAACGAUGACUACAGGACCCGUGCAAGAAAGAUGAUGGAGGAGGAGAAGAAGAGGAAGCUGGAGGAGGAGCAGAGGAAGCAGGACGCGGAACGCCUUCAAGGCCUAGAAGCAAGGCACGCGGACUUGGCACUCA